AUGGAGCUCAACUUUGCCUCGUAUGUGUCCAUUGUUCUCUUGGUCCUCUCCGGCACGUACGUCUACUGCGCGACACGGAGCCGGUCGCCGCUGCGGCUCCCGCCCUCGCCGCCCGGGUGGCCUGUGAUCGGCCACCUCCACCUGAUGACGGACAUGCCCCACCACGCACUCGCAGAGCUGGCCAGGAGCAUGCGCGCUCCGCUCCUCCGGCUUCAGCUCGGGAGCAUCCCGGCCGUGGUGAUCUCCAAGCCCGACCUGGCGCGCGAGGCGCUCACCACCAACGACGCGGCAAUGGCGUCCCGGCCACACCUCCUCUCCGGGCAGUUCCUCUCGUUCGGCUGCUCCGACGUGACGUUCGCGCCGGCGGGGGCCUACCACCGGAUGGUGCGGAGGGUGGUGGUCUCCGACCUCGUCUCGCCUCGCCGAGUGGCCACCUACGGAAGCUUCCGGGACGAGGAGCUCCGCCGCCUCCUCGCGCACCUCACGGAGAGCGCCUCGACGACGGAGACCUCCGUCAACCUCAGCAAGUGCCUCCUCAACCUGGCCAACGAUGUGCUCUGCCGCAUCGCCUUUGGCCGCCGGUUUCCGCACGGCAAGGACGACAAGCUCGCCGCGGUGCUCGCCGAGUCGCAAGACCUCUAUGCCGGAUUCGCCAUAGGCGACUUCUUCCCGGAGUUGGAGCCUCUCGCGAGCACCCUGACGGGACUCCGCCGCCGGCUGAAGAGCUGCCUGGCCGACCUCCGCGAGGUCUGUGACGAAAUCAUCGAGGAGCACAUCAGCGGCCAACGCCAGCGCAUCCCCGGCGACCGAGACGAGGACUUUGUCGACGUCCUCCUCCGCGCCCAGAAGGCGGCCGAUCUAAAAGUCCCACUCACCGACGACAACCUCAAAUCCAUCGUCUUGGACAUAUUCAUCGCCGGCACAGACACGACGUUUGCGACGAUAGAGUGGACGAUGACAGAGUUGAUGCGCCACCCACGCAUCCUAAGAAAAGCGCAGGACGAGGUCCGGUGGGUCGUGGGUGCCAAGGGUCAGGUGGAAGAGUCGGACCUCGUUGAGCUCCACUACAUGCGCGCCAUCAUCAAGGAGACCUUCCGUUUGCACCCGGUGGUUCCGCUGCUUGUGCCUCGGGAGUCCAUUGUCGCAUGCACCCUUGGCGGCUAUGACAUCCCGGGCAAGACCCGCAUCUUUAUCAACACUUUUGCCAUGGGUCGGGACCCGGAGAUUUGGGAGGACCCACUAGAGUACUGGCCAGAACGGUUCGAGAUCGCCGGCGGUGAGAUCGACCUCAAGGACCGGGACUAUAAGCUGAUGCCGUUUGGCGGUGGUCGGAGAGGGUGCCCAGGCUACACGUUCGCACUACCCACUGUGCAGUUAACGCUGGCCAAACUGAUGUAUCACUUCGAGUGGGCCCUGCCAGAGGGCGUGCGCGCUGAGGACAUCAGUGUAGAAGAGAGCUUUGGGUUAGCCACAAAGAAGAAGGAGCCGCUCUUCGUUGCCGUCAGGAAAAGCGACAUGUAUGAGUUUAAGGGGGAAAAAUGGACAAAUCACUAUUAG